AUGAAUGAAUGUACUUUAAGUAGAGAGAGUAGUAGUAGUAGUAGUAGUAGUAGCGUAACUACAAAAGGUAUCCUAAGAAUACAUAGAUAUAUAAAAGAGAUGGUAUCAUCAUCACAACAACAUCAACAAUCCAUUCACUAUUCACCAGAUGUAAAGGAAUACGCUGAAAAGAUUGGAUUUAAUGUAGAGAAAUAUACAACGUAUGUUUUGUCUGUCAAAAUAGAGAAGCAAACAAACAAACAUAAAAAGGAAUUGGAUAUCAUUCAAGAUUGUUUUACACAAAUGAAAUAUAAUUUUACAGAGAUUGGAAGUAAACAAAUGUUUAUUCAAUCCAUCUUGAAUACUGAUUUCCAAAAUGAUCAGCAAGCUGGUUCACCGUCACAAGAAUUAAUCAAUCAACAAGAAACUCAAAUAUCAAAGGGAAAAAAGGAAUUUAAAGAAAUCAAAGAAAACAAUACAAAGUUGAUAAAUGAAAUCAUUAAAAUUAUAAAUGAUAUUAUUGAUGCCGAUUCAAAAUUACAAAAAGAUAAAGAUAAUAUUAUUGAUUUAUUAAUUGGAUCAAAAUCACAAAUUAAUUCAUUGUUUGGUAUGAAUGAAAAGGUCAGUGAAAUGAUGUCAAAAGAACUUUCAUUGUUAUCAGUCAAUGACAAAUUAAUAUCAAAAAUAGAUUGGGUAUCACAAUACACUAGAGUGUUAGAAAAAUUAAAUGGUUGCAAGGUUAUUCAACAAGGAUCAUCAGAUAAUAAUAAUAAUAAUAUUACAUGUGAAUUGACAAUUGGUGGUAUUGGGGGAUUAUCAACUAUUAUUUAUCAAGUUUUAUUAAAAUUUACAAAUGAAACCAAUAGUAAUAAUAAUAAUAAUAAUAAUAAUGGAAAUUUAAUUGGGAUUCAAUUAAAACCUCAACCAUGUAAAGAAUUGGUUGAAUAUUUAGAUGAAUUGGUUCAAGAUUAUACUCAAAAUAAUAAUAGUAAUAAUAAUAAUAAUAAUAAUAAUAAUGAUCAACAAAAACAAAAACAAAAAGAAAAAGAAUUUGGUGAAUUAUUACAAGAGAUUUCAUUUACACUUAAUAAUUAUCAUCGUCGUGAUAGGGAAAUUGAAGUGGCAACUUUGAAAUUACAAAUUACUAGAAAGGAUAGUAUGCACACUCUUUUACAUACCGAUUUUCCAUCAAGACAUUCAUGUUCUGUACAAAUGGAUAUUGAUUAUCCACUUCAUCCAAAUUCUUUGGUUCAAUUAUUAUCAGUUCAUAAAAAUGGUCAAGAAAUUCCAAUUUCAAAAUUACCAAAUAUUCAAUCAAGUUCAAAUAAUCUUGGACAAUAUUUAUCAUAUUUAUCAAAUCAAUUAAAUCAUUGA